AUACUUAAUGUGGAAACUACAUCUGAAAUCAUGAAUACUGAUAUGAAAUCAAGCAAUGAAACAAAUAUUUUAAAUGUGAAUAAAGAAAAUUGUCUUACAUUGAAUGAAAUAAAUCAAAAUGAAAACAUACUUAAUGUGAAAACUACCUCUGAAAUCAUGUAUUCUGAGAUGAAAUCAAGCAAUGAAACAAAUAUUUCAAAUGUGGAGUAUGAAGAAGCAACAACUUCCAACAAAGAAGAUAACUUACAAUUUUUGGAUAAUCUACAACAUUCUAAUAACUUGGUUGAUAAUAUAUCAAAGAGCAAUCAUUUUGAAAAAGUGGCAAUAACUUUAAAAACAGAAGAACAUUCAAAAUUCAAUAACCAGCCAGAUAAUAUAAAAAUAGAUGGUUUUAUUAGUACUAAUUCAAGUUGUGAAGUGCAAAAAAUCUUUAAAAUUAAAAAAUAUAAUACUCUGUACACUUCACUUUUAAGUAUAGUUGAAGAAUCAUGUUCUGAGAUAAAUUCAAACAGUGAAAAACAUUCUAUAGACGAAAAAAAGCAUUCUCAUGAAGAGGUUACUACUUCUGUAUUACAAAUGAAACUGAAUGAUCACGAACCUGUUAAUCCAAAAGAUGGUUUUCUUAUUGAUGAUUCAAGCUGUAAAAUAGAUGCCACCAUAAAACAAACAGAAAGUUAUCCAACAGAAAUCACAAAUACAAAUUUGACAACAAAAGAGUCUUUUCUUGAAAAUAAUUUAGAAAAAGAAAGUACUAGUUUAAACAGUGAUAAUGAUCAUUAUGAUAUAGAGGUGACUACGUCUGAACCAGUUGAACAAUUAAUGUUAAAUAACCAAGAUGAUUUUAUAAAUGCGAAGGGCAUAUGUAUUAUUCAUGAAUCAAGUGAUUUAAGACUUGAAAAAAAUAAAGAAGACAAUAAACAUUUAACUGACGAGGUCAGUACUUCUAUAUCCGAACAACAAUUUAUGCUGCCCUUUAAUGACAAGAACUUGGAGAAUAUUCCUGUUGAUGAGAUAUCAAGUUGCGAGGUAUACAAAACCUCAAAUGUAAAGAAAAAUUAUUCUUCAGGCUCAAAUGAAAAUUUUGUAACAGAAGACUUAUACCCAAUAAAAAAACAAGAUGAUAAAAGAUAUUCUAAAAAUGUUAAGAGUAAUCAAAAUGAUGUAGAGGUUACUACUACUAAAUCUGAAGAACAUUUACAGUUGAAUAUUCAACAAGAGUUUGCUAAUUCUAAAGAUAGUUUUGAUAGUGUAGAGUCAAUUGGAGAAGUACAUAGCAAUUCAAAAUUAAAAACCACAAAUCCGUCAAAUACUUCAGUUUUAUUAAUAACAACAGAUACAUCACAUUCAGAAAUGAAUUUAACUGAUGAAAGACAUUCAACAGAUGUAGAAAAUGACAAUUUUGAAGACGGUGAAACAAUUUCUGUACAAGGGGAGCAAUUUAAUUUGAAUGAUAUACAAGAUUUUAUUAAAACUGAUAGUUCUGUCAAUGAUGAAUCAAGUUAUGAUGCACUUAACAACUCAAAUUUCAAAAACUGUAACCCCUCAACUAAAAAUGUUAUUAUAGGAACAGAUGGAGUAAUGAUUGAUAAUUUAAAUGAAGAGGUUACUACAUCUAUAUCUGAGGAACAAUUAAUGUUGGAAAAUGAAGAUAUUUUUGUUGAUUCAAGGAGUACCUCUGUUCAUAAUAAACCAACUUAUGAAGAAUAUAAUGACUUAAAUUUAAAGAAAUGUAAUUCAUUAGAAACUACAAAUACUAAUAUAACAAUAGAAGAGCCAUAUCCUAAAACAUAUUUAGAAGAUGACAGAUGUUCCAUAGAGGUCGAAAACAAUUAUUUUGAAGAAGAGGUCACAACAUCAUCUAAACCAGAAGAGCAUUCAAUUAUGGAAGGUCAACAACAAGAUUUUAAUAAUUCAAAAGAUUUUUCAAUCGGAGAAUCAAAUGGUGAUAAGUCAUGUUGUGUUUUAAAUAGAAUUUUAGGAUUAUACAAUAAUGGUCCAUGUCGUAUCAGCAGUGUAACAGCUAUUGUAACACCUAUGCCAGAUCAUGAAAAGAAUUUAGAUUCUAAUGAAAGAGAUACUAUAAAUGAAACAAAUUCUUCGGGAAAUACGAGUUUAAUUGUUAGGACAGAGUUAUUGAACAAUGACCAAAUAUCGAAUAACUGUGAAAAGAAUUCUACUCAUAAUGAAAAUACAAAUGGACCCAAUUCAAAAUUUUGCAUUAAGUUGGAAAAUGUUAUUGAUCCGGAGAAUAAUACCUUUAAUAAACCAGAUUGUGGAUUAAGUGGCACAUCAAAAUUAAAGCCAAACAAUAAUAUGUCCAGAAACGUAAGUUUGAUCGUUACUACAGCAGCUCCGUCAAAAACAAAUAACUUAGAUGAUGCUGAAAGAAAUAGUAAUGAUGAAGAAAAGAAAAAAAGAAAAAAAUCCAAUGUUUCCAUAAAAUUAGAAAAUGAGACUGGAGAACAUCCUUUUAUUAUAUCUGAAGGCAGUUUAGUUGAUAAAAGUAUUAAUUCUGGAAUAGCAAGUUCAUCUACUUCAGUUGGAGUGAAAAAUAAAAUAAUUAAAAACUAUGAAAAAGAAGGUGGUUUUAAUAACAAGAAAUUAAAAGCCUCUUCCUCAAAAUCAACCACUGAGUCUUACAAUAAAAAUAAAAAUCAAAAUCAUAAAGAAAAUGAUCACAUUGAAAAAAUAAGCUCAUUUACAUCAACAUUUAAGAAGAAAACGAAUAAUCAUAAAGAAAAAAAUAAAGGAGACGAUUCCAUAAAAAAGUCCCACAAAAAACAUAAGAAAAAUAAAUCGAAGGACGUAGAUAUUAGUUUCGGUGAUUUAGAUAUUUCUGUGGCUGAAAAUCAAUUCAGUGAGUUAUCAUUAUUUAGUUUUUAAAAUUGUUAUUUUCAA